GCCCACCCCAGUCUGUUUCAUAGCCAGAGCUACAGUCAGCAGUGCCGGGGCCCAGUUCACAGACCCAAGGGCCAGAUGGCACUGUCCAGGCUCAUGGGCCUGGUGGCCCUGGUAGCUCUGCCAGGGGCGCUGGGCUCCGAGGAAAGCAGCUCCCACAGCUCGGUCACUGUGUGCCUGCUGGUGCUACUGCUGCUGAUCCUGAUGGCAGGCUUGGCCCUGGCCUGGUAUCACCUUAGCCAGGAAUCAGGGGGCUACUACCACCCAACCCGCCUGGGCACCUCCCUGUGGAGCCGAGCCCGCCGGCUGCUGCAGGCCACGGGGGUGGCCCGGUGGCUCGGAGGGUCAGCCGUUGAAGAGCUGCAGGACAGUAUGGAAAAGCAGGAAGAGGAAGAGGAGGAGGAGGAGGAGGAGGAGAACAAGGAGGAGGACCAGGAGGAGGAGGACCAGGAGAAGGACCUAGAACCAGAGCAGGAGAGAGAGAAGCAGCCUGGCCAGGACAAGAAUGAUGUGCCCAGGAGCUCAGAGGGUCCAGAGGCAGCACAGGGGGAAGUCUGCCUCCAGCAGGGGCCUGAGCCCACCCAUUCUGGAGGCCGAGCCGAGGCCCUGCUGAGCGACCUCCAUGCCUUUUCAGGGAGUGCAGCCUGGGAGGAUGGGGCAGGGACAGAGGGGGGUCACGGCCUCAGUGUUACCGCGCUGUAGGCAUAGGGGGCCCUGCUUUUGCCUCCCUCCUGCCCACUUCUGCCACCAAAGCCACCAGGGGAUAAAUAGGGCCUCCCCAGCCUCCCAGGAGCCCCGCUCAGCCCAGCCUGCCCACGUCCUCAGUACUCCACAGUCUGGUCCAAAGGUCCUUGAAGGCAUGAUUGCUACAUGUCUCACCACAUCAAUCCGUGGUGGCACAGACCCCCAGAACUGUGUGCCACACAGCAAUGCCCAUCUCUCUCUGCACUGUCCCCCGCUGCCCCAGACCAAGACCACUAAGCCCUUCCCAUCCUUGUAGAUGUGUGGGUAAAAGAACCAGGAUGCCCACGCCAGGUCCAGGAUGGGGGAACAGCCCCUUCUGAAAUAAAGACUCCU